ACGCGUAUUGCUAGGCAAAAGACAAAUCAGGAAGCGAAAAACGGGCCCAAACAUCCUAUCGUCAAACAGACCGCAGACAGUUUAAAACCCGAGAUGAGUUGUAUAGCAACACGUUUAAAUCUUCGACUGAUGUUUCGAAUGGUAUCGCACUCAUACCCCAAACCAGCAAGCACAUGCUCUCUAUGCAGUGGUACUGGUAUAACUGUUUCCAGUAGCGUCCCCGUACUUCCUGCAGAAGACAGCAAAGGGGAUGAGUCAAAGAAAGAUGUCGGCUAUCUUGAUACAACUCAGACACUAGUAGACCAGGAUGCAAAUCUUAUCAAUUUGUUAAACAACUUGCCUGAAUCUGACCUGAAGAUGCUGAAGUACAUCAACUCUCGAAUGGCUACCAACAUCAUUGCUCAUAGAGAAGCGAAAGGACAGUUCAGAAAACUUGAAGAGCUGUUGUCAAUUCCAGGAGUUGGGAGAAGAACCCUUGAGAAACUUCAAUCAAAUUUUGCCAAUGGAAACCUGGAGAAGACUAGCACAAGAAUAGAUCCUCAGAGUGCAUCCCUUGCAGUUCUAUCAAAUGAAAGGUUAUUGGGAUUGAAGGACAUUGUAGCCGUAGAUGUUGGUCUGAAACACAUAGCAUGGCUGCACAUGGAUAAAGACAGAUGGGUUCAUAGCUGGCAAUGCAAGAUGAUCGAAGGCGUUUCUCCUGGAAAAUGGGAUCCAGUCAAUUACCUCACUCUUAUAUCAGAUACUGUGGAAGAGAUGCCUAGACCAGAUCUAUAUAUCCUUGAGCACAAGUCCUUCACUUCUCUCAACAAGGGCACCUUCCAGACGAUGCUCUUCGUUCGUUGCCUCGAGUCCAUGCUCUAUACCUACUUGAACUCUGACCUCAUCGAAUCUGGCCAGGUCAAGGCCAUAUCAUUACCACAGAACGUUGUUGGAAGGCAUUUCAAUCUGCUGGUAGGGACCCAACGCAAGAGUGGGCAGGCCCUUGCAGGGGCGCUGCUGGAGGAAGGCUUUGGAAGGAGAAAUGCUUGGUACCCAGUUCGGAUUGGAUAUGAGAACCUGGCAGUGUUUAGAGAUGUUAAUAGAUACAAGAGGGAACAUUUAGCGAACUGUCUUCUACUGGCCACAGCUUUCUAUGACAUCCAUGUUGAUAAGAAGCCUGGUUUUAAAAUGAAAUGAUGGGGUUUGAAAUGACCUUCAUACUAUCUUCUCCCUUUUCUGGUAAACCACAGUCCACCGACUGGUAUAUUAUCAUACUAUAGAUCAUAUAGAAUAUUUCAUACCUUGAAUUGUCACUUUUCAACUUGGGGCUGUUUCAUUAAUGUUAUUUUGAAAGUUAUGCAUGACUGAGUUCUCUCAAAUUUUCCAGUGAUUCAACAAACUCGAAAUGGAUUUCCUAUAACCCUCAUUGAAUUUUGACAAAUGUUUUCAAUGUGGUUGAGAAUGUGCUUUGGUCAUUUGUGAAGUGUAUCAACAAAUUUAUGAAACACCCCAGCUAUUAUAUCCCAUAUUACUCCACAUAACUAAAUCCAGCCCAUAUGAUUGGUCAUCUCUAAAUUAUGUAAUGAGGUGCAAUUUGACCCAUUACUCUGUCUCAAUGUUUUUGUUGUAACCACUUUAAAAUAAGGUUCUAUUUUUUGCCAAUCUCUUCAUUCUAAAGCUUUGUUCACUUGUUUCAAUUUACAUAACAUUAUAGCACUAAUCAGUAUAUUCUCUUUUAUUUUGAUGGACAUACCCAUCCUUGACAACCUAAUUUCUUGAGUGCAAGUAUUUAUAGGUGCAGGAUAUGACAAUACAUUAUUUCGUAGUCUUUUAAUUCAUAUAUUUUUAGGGGGAUUUUUGAGAACCUUCUCAAAGUUAAUCGAUCCCUUUAAGAAAAAAGAAAAAAAAAGACAUCAGUGACAUAUUCGUCAAAUAUAAAUGGAGUAAUAAUUUUGUGACUUUCUGAUUCUGUGAUGUCACAGGAGAUCAGAGCUGCUAUCCCAUUCAAUGUGGGUCAAUAUUCCAUAUUUUUUUAUGGUUUUAUGAUGGAUGAAUAGAUUUCCAUAGAAGCAAUGUUUGAAAUAAUUUUAUGAGCAUGUUAAUUACCCAGGUAAAAAUCAUCCAUUUCUUUUUAAAAAAUAUUUGAUAGAAUAUACUGCUCAUGUACAUGCCACACAGGAGAUCAGCUUGUGUGUGACAUUACAGAAAUGAAAAAAAAACACUACUCUGGUAUCUCAGAUUCUUUUUGGUCAAAUUUUAUUACAUUUCUCUGGUUUUUUGUUUCAGUUAAAAAUCAGGGUGGAUUCAAGAUGCAAUGAAAUUUAGAUAAAUUUAAUAAUUUAGUCAAUAUUCUUUUAUUUAUGUAAGGAGUUUUUAGGAAAUUAAUAGGUCUGCAUCAUAAUGAAUUUUUGAAUAAGAUAUACUGUUAUCUAUUGAUAUCAUUAAAUGGAAAGAUCAUGGAAAGGUUUUCAACAAGCUAUCAAUUAUACAACUUGGGAACUGA